GAUCUCUGCCAUUGAUUAUAAAUGCACUAGGUUUGAUCUCUUCUGUGGUGAUUCAGCUGUGAUGGCUGCAGUGGAGGCUGCAGACCACCAGCCUGAGGCUCGGUUUGUCAGUGGCCUGGAACUGUAUCAACAACUGAAGCCAGCGCACGUGAAGCUGCAAGAAUUAUAUGAACAGUUACUCUCUGACCGACUUUCCUUCUUGGCAUACCCAGACUCGUCGCACGCGGCCCGACAUGCGCUCGCCUGCCAGACCUACGUCCGGUCGCUGCUCUGCCUCACGCGUCCUGCCCAGGGGCGGCUAGCUGCUCUUCUCGGACAAGCAUGUGCCGCCGACCUGAGCCGUGACCUGAUGAUGGACUUGUUCCUCCACGUCAUUCACUUCAACAAGACUGAACCCGCUGCUGGCGCUCAACCAAAGUCUGCAAUCGAGGCUCAUUUCUUGAAGAACAUGGCGUCUCAUUUCCAAGAUUAUUUGAACGCAGCCUUAGGCGAGGACCUGCAGGAAUACUACAUGGAUGAUUAUUCCUCUCGAAUUGUCAUGAGUUGUGCUUCGAACUAUCACGCAAAAGUUGAAAAUUCCUUGAAAUCCAUCGAAAAGUCGUUCGAAGACGCAAAGAAAAAUAAAGUUGGCGAGCUUAUUGCCUACGAUGGCAAGAUGAUAUCGAAGAAAAUCCAGUUACCUGAAGUUGGAGUUCUCGUUUGUGAGAUGGAGACUACUUCGGAGGCAUCAGAUCUGGUGUCAUACCUGCAAUCCUUCUUACCCGUGUACGACGGCGCAUACCCGAACACAGUCACCGACUACAUCAAGCAGUACGGUGCUGAGAUCAUCGUUGCACUCGACAAGCUCGAGAACCAAGUGUUGUCUGUGGAAGUGAGUAGCGUGAUGCUCUCCAUUUACUUGGAGAUUCAAAGUUUCAUCGCCGCCACUAACGACUUGGACAUUCCCUCAAUGAAUCGCAAAGACAGUUGUUUGAGUCCUCGUUUUUCUCUCGAAUUGAAGGAUAUUGUAUCUAUUCUGACAGCUGACGGACACAGAAAGUUAUCCGUGGGCCAAUGUCACUCUUGCAGUGCCCUGAGAGACAUGAAUUCAAUCUCAGCGUACCAAGACUAUGCAAAGAACGAAUCUUCCUUUAAACUACUUGAUGAAUCAAAAUUGAAAGAUGCCGGCCUCUCGCAAAAUCUUCAUUUUUACCUCGAGUCUCUGUGUAUGAAAAUGAUCAUUUCGUUGACGGAAACGGCAGUUAUGACUGCUCUUGAACGCAGGAGCUCAACGGCGGACAAUCAGGGUCUAAAGAUCAUAUCGAAGACGCUGGGCGAUCUGGUUGAAAGGCUCUCCAGCAAAGACUCUUCGAAAUACGAAGAAUGUAAGAAGGGUUGCGAUAAAUUCUAUUGCUCCCUCGCUAAGUACUUUUUCCUUCCGGUAUGCGUUCACCUAAACGAACUUCGUCAAGGUGACUUUGGUAAACUAUUCUUCCGCAAAAUGGAACAUCUCUUACGGAAGUUGUGCUUGCUGCCUAUGUAUUCAGAAGUGACGGCAUCUGAAACAGUACCGUACAUUGGCUUGACCGAAAAGCUGGCCGUCUGUACGUUCUCUGUGCUAAACCAUUUCUCGUCAACGAACAACCAGAGCCAAUACAUAAUGUGGUUCUUUGAGGCCAAACUGCCGGUCCUAAUGGAUUCGGUCUUCCUACACGUUUCGGAGGAAGUCACUGGAACCCUCGCUCCGUUGUUGCGGUCUAUAAUUACCAACGUGAAGAGAAUACGUGCGACAAUUGACACUAAUGGCAACGAAGAUUCUUCAGAGAAGAGUCAUCAUCACGUUGGGGAUGAACUCUCACCAUUGUUCGUGGACAUUUAUCAUCCUAGAAUAUGUAAAGUAAGCGCUUUCGCAUGCAUGCUAUUGAGCCUGUACUCGUGCUUCGACUCAGAAGCGAGUGCCUUGACUUGUCUUGAAGAGCUGUCAGAAGCAGGUUUGUGCUGCUGCAUGACAAGCAACACAAUACUUGAUAAACUCUUGACCAACAUAGGUGAGAAGAAGACUGUGAUAAUAGAGAGAACGUUGGACCUCAUAAAGCUGACAGUGAUGCAGAGUCUCAACGGUAUUUCUUUGUUGAAGAAAGAAAAUUGUUUUCAGUGCAACCUAAUAGAAAUUCGGAAAUCUGUUUACAUCGAACAGGACAUGGAAGGCUUUGUGCUGUUGCAGUUGAAGACAGAGGAUGACGCCAAACUAGUUAAAUUUCAGGCUAGUAAUCAAAUAGUAAGAAAAUUGGCCAGUGUGGACUCCUUAUCGUACGUUGAUCUCAAAUGGGCUGGCCUGAUGAAUUACAAAACGGCCGUUGGGUCCUCCUUGAACAUGAGUUUGCAUAACCAUUUGUUAUAUCUAGUUUGGUUCUGUCCACAAAAUAUAAGGAGUUUCCUUUUUGAGCACGUCUAUCGGGACUUCAUCGAGCGAACUUUGAAAACCAGCUUCUGCACUCAGAACAGCUUGAACCUCCCUGAGAACGUAAGCGCUCUCACCGCGUCAUUCACCGCUGUGAGCUCUUGUCUUUUAACAGACAAGAGCGCUAGGCUCGCAUUAACAGACAGCCAGUGGCAGGCAUGGAGUCACUUCUUCAUCGGCAGCAGUCGGACGAAAAGUUUGCUUCUUGCGAGGGCCUGCUACGCCUUCGGAUGUAUAGUCCUCUGCUUCGAGCUACCAGAUCUGAGAAUGCCCGUCAGCGGCGACGCGUCUGAGCGUCAUCCUGCUAGUUUCUUCAACGUGGAGGAUAAAAUGGUAGAAGCUCAGCAGACCUUCUUUAAAUGCGUGAACAGUGACGUCAAGGACGAAGCGGCUCUGCACGAUGCGCUCGACUCAAUGCUCAUCACCUGGUCCGUGCUGGACGAGCUCAACGGUGUGCCGCUCUUCAAUAACUACAUAGAGCAGCGAAUGUUGCUCGACGAGAACGGCUCCUUGGUGCCCUUGAAACUCGUCAUCGCCGUGCUGCGCGUCUUGGCUGAUCCCAACCAUUGGGUGCGGUCCUUGUUGCUCAAUCUUCGGCUUCACGACACCUGCGCGCUCAUCAAGUCGUGGCUGUCCGUUGCCGUAGGACUGCGUCCACGCAGUGAGGAGAGAAAUUUGAUGCUUUCACGGCUGCGGGAGUGUCUGAUAAGACCUGAGCUGAUGGCGCUGCACACGGCGCUGCUCGCGCCUGUCUUCACCGCCCUUAUUGACGUCAACUACUCCACCAUCCUGGAAGUCAAGGGUGGCGUGGUAGAGACCGUGUGCGGUAGAACUGCGGACCACAACACCGUGACGGGCGGUAACUUGGUCACGGACGUGUCUUCUGUAGCACACACGACAUCGCCUUGUUCAGCCGCAGAGAUCUUCGACCCCGUGCCCAUCCUGCUAAAGUCAAUGUCCCUCAUUGAUGAUAGAGGUCCGCAGACGCAACGGAAGCAACUAUUCCCAGAGCUAGUACCGCUGGUGCUUCACUGCCUCAUCGAGCACCACAAAGCAUUUCUAGCUCGACAGGACUCGGCCGAGCCUGAAGUGGCAACUCCCGAUGUCCAAGUCCUCCCUGAUACUGUUGACGAUGGCAUACUAGCCAAAGCCCUAGGUUCCUGGUGGUCCCAAAGUGCGACUCCUAUAGUAGAACCCCAACCAUCGACUAAAAAAGCCGAGAGCAAAGGAAAAACGCGUGCCUUCCCAGCGCCUCACGGCCGUGGUCUCGAAAGAGUGCUGGAGAAAAUCCUAUUUCUCUGCGAGGAAAAUGGAGCUGUGGAACAAGCUAUGAUAAGUGCGAACUGCCUGGGCGUCACCCUCGAUGGCUUCUCGCGCAUCAUGAAGGACUCUGUUUCUUAUCAAGGAGCGGCGACGUAUGCGUUGCGGCUGUGGACGCGGCUGGCCCAGACACGCGUCACCGCCGGCGAGCUGAAGCAGUUCCUUAGCCUCUUCAUGGGUCGCAAUCCUCCUGUCGAUGAACUACUAGUUGCUUUGAGUAAGCUCCUCGAAACGACCUUGGAAGUGCCGCAAUACGAGCUCAUUUUUAGUGUUGUGAAUGAUACACGGUCGGAGCCGCAAUGCCCGCUGCAUGGCUGGAACAUUUUCGAUAUGCUCGGCAACUCUAAGCCUGUUGAACAGUCGCCGGCAGCUAACCAAAUACCACCUCACGGUCUGCUUUCCAAAGCAAUUUCUCUCGAUGAAGUUGAGAAGAGUCUGUUGGAAUUGCGCAUCAACUCCGUAGAUACUGGAUGCGUUUAUUCUGGCCUGGUGAGAAGUCGCAUAGCGUGCGUGAUGAGCAGCAACUGCACAGACUGGCUUCCCCUUAAAGAUAGCACCACUGCCAUCUUCUGGAUCAAAUUGAACCCUGCCAAAAGGCCCGAUGGAGUUCUGGAUCUUGACCGUAUGACAUAUACUGAUGAAGAGAAGGCUGUGAAUAUUCAUCUUUUCAGUUUUGGGGUGAAGAAGUUUACCGUCUCUGCCUUCAUUAAUGCCAUGACGGGAUUUUGCUCGAUUGAGCUGGUCUCGAACUCUAGUCCAGACGAGCCUUGCGCCCCAAUCCUGGAUUGCAUGCUUGACUGGAGUGAGCUGCUGGACGGUGCGUGGCACUUCGUCACCUUCUCCUGGCCUGGACACAACACGAAAAAACCCGCCAGCGUUGUGCUGGAGUACAGCAUCGAUGGAGAGCUGAAAAAGACCGAUUUUAAGUUGAAGCCUCUAGGCUCCAUGAAGCCUGAUUCUCCCUUUGUUCUCUUGGGUCACAGAGACCACUUAUCGUCAGCGUCAGACGCUCCUCCAGUGCCCCCAUGCAUCGACAGCUACGCUCUCACGAGCUUCACUCUAUUCGCAUGUCCUCGACUCGACAAAAUGACGAUUCUGCUCCUUAUGGCGCAUGGCAAGGAAGCUACCAAUUUCUUACCUCUGGAACAAGAAGAAACCUGCAGCCUCAUCAAGCGCUACAUAACUCCUAAAUUUGUUGAGUCGCUACAGCAAAGUUAUCCUCCGACCCCUGACAAGACUCUGGCUGAAAUGUUCGGCAGAUUUGUUCUGAACGCUUUCAAUUCGCUCAUUCCUUCACUGCUGUUCCACUACAACAGCAGCGACUCGGAAAACUUCCUCAGUUACUCGCCAAGCAACGUUUCGACUCAGGAAUCGCGGUGUGCUUACAACACGGCCGUACGUCGGCCCUGCUUGAUGUUCGACUUCCCCGUCUUGCCGCGUCGAGUGCAGCUUCUGCACCACGCGCUGCUGCAGCUCGGCGGUGCCUCGACGCUUCUUCACGUAUUGGUCAGGGUAGUGGAGCUGAAUACGCUGGGCUUUGACGGCCCUCGAUCCUUGAUAAAUGAAGACUUAUCUUCAGCUCGUUAUGGCGAACGCGGCAGCUCCCCGGACUUUUCGGAACUCUUGCAAUGGGCUGAAAUAAGUGUUCUACAUACACAGAUGCUUGAUAGCAGUUCUCCAAGUAACACCAACUGCGGUGCUACCAAGAGCCAGAAUUGGUGUCAGGCCAAGGCCCUGAAACUGCUGUUGUGGGCCGUCAAGGAAAGCCCUCAGAUCUGCCGACAGUUCCAUGCCAUGAACGGCACUGAACUGGUCAUGCGGCUCCUCUACAGCCCUAACAUGGACACCAGGCUUGAAGUUCUCAAGGCCGUGUUGGAAGAAUGCAUUUCUGAGCCCAUCAUCUGCUUGGACCGGAGCCACGACCUGCUGGGCCAUGUGGUUGGUCUCCUUAAUCAGCCCAGCCCUCGCGCGCUGCUCACCGACGCUCCCCUCUUCGCGCAGCUACUCACGCACUGGCACUACGUCGAGCUCCGCAAGCUCGAGCUGCGAGAGACCGCUUCGCCAUCGCCCAAAAACAGACUUCCCAACAAGCUGGCGUUGGACGGAUGCUACGGCAGCUGUCACAGCCUGGACGUCCUGCACCGCCUGGUGAGCUUCAUCUCGCAGGCUCCUGUGAACGCCUUCAGCGCCUUCAACGUCUGGCAGCUUCACCGCGUCGACGCCCUACACCUCAUCCUCACCAUGACCCAGGUUCUACUGGUGCUCGACUGGCCAGAGAUGCAGGUGUCGCCGCGCGUACUGCAGGCCACCGUCCAAUGCUUCGUGCCGCCUCGCGACUCCGACUCGCCGCUGCCCAGCUGGCGUGUGAGCACAGUUCGAGAAAUUGUUAACUACCUGGUGCUGAGGGUAGAGCCGUGCAGAGCGCUCGUCUGGCACUCCGCCAGCUGCACAGCCCGACUCCUACAGAUUUAUUCUUCGUCCUCGAAGCUUGCUGAGCCCUCUAAGACCCAGAAGUUGAUCAGAGAAAUAAUAGAGACUGAGUUAGCGGAGGAAGUCACAGAAGAACUGACGCGUGUCUUCCCAGUUUUAGAUGUCUCAGUGGUGGCUCAGGAGGGCAAAGGUCUCCUUACGAAGGAGGAUGCUGACAGGAUCAGUAUCUCGAGCAGUUCAUUUGAUACAUCGUCUGGGCAUAGCAUCCCUGCCUCACCACCUCAAGAAAACGUCCUAGAGUUGAAAGUGCAGGUAGAAACACCUUUUUCCGAUCCGGGCGAGAAAGUAGUCACCGAUUCUAACGACCCAGUUAUAUCAGCAACCGAACUUGGCUCCAACGCGGAUACAAAAAGACUCUCCUUUGAAGGUGCAGCUGGUACUACCGAACCAACAUGCGGCCCAACAGAACCCCUUCCGUCGUCUGGCAAGGGUUCAGGAUUCACCCAAUUCUCAGGCUCGCCACAAAGUUUGAUAAAUUCAGGUCGUUCAACUCCUCUUAUCUGGCCUCCCGCUACUCAACCCAACAAGAAGUUGGAUGCCAUCGACGCUUGCCUGAUAAAUGCGCUGCAUGGCUUCCUGAGGUCUCUGGACUCGAGGAAGCUGACUGACAUAGUCACGGAGUGCAUCAAGCCGAGUCAUCUAGCGCUCCUUGCUAACCAUGGAUCUGUGGACGUGAGGACUUCAGUCAUGAAGAUAUUCCGCAACAUAAUAUGCCGGAAAUCUAUCGCUCUCCGUAACAUGAGCGUCUUCAAGGAGCAUCUUAUGAUAGUCCACCAUCAACUUGCGUGUCGAGGUUCCUCCGACGAGCUCCUCAUGUCCUGCUACUACUUGGUCGUUUCGAAGCCUGGCCACGGCGUCGAGGCUUCAGAUUACGCUCUUAUAACGGAGAACCUUCGCACCGAAUUGAGAAGUCCUGCAAUUCAGGAUCACGUUUUGGAAACAUCUGCACCGUUGCUGGCGGUUCUUCCUAAAGUAGAUGGCCUGAAAUUCGAAGUGGUAGACAAGGUCCUCGUCUUCCUAUCUACUCUCAUAGAGGUUGGCACGUGCAACAGAGGCAAGCUUCUCACCAUGGAGAACCUCGGCGAGUCUCUAAUCCUCACUCUACAGUCGACUUCGAAGGAAGCUACUUUCCGCAGUACCUUAGUCAGCCACCCGAUCAUCGAUCUGUGUCGGUCACUACUGCUGCUAGGAGAUGAUAUGGCUGCCAAAGGCUUGGAUCUCAUAACCAAGCUGUUCCUGCUCUGCUCCAGCAGUGCGGGCAGAAUGCGGGGCGCUGCCAUCAACGUGCUAGAAGGCACCAUCAUCAACGCAGUGGUGUGCCUGCUGCGCGCAAUGAUGUCAGUCAGCAACAAAGUUAUCGCCAAGUCACUCAGUGGUCUGAAGCUUGGCAGGAAACGGGAGAGAACGGUUGUCGUUGAGGAAGCGGAGCACCGCAGCCUGUCUAUCUUCGCCGACUUGCAAACUCAGUAUGAGCUUCUCAUCAUACCAUUGUCGGAGCAGCUGGCGGCUACCAUUGACUCGGUCCUUCCUAAUCAAACUAGCUUCGUAUUGCGCACCAUUCGCAUCCUCAAGAUGGCAUCAAACUUCAUUCUCAAACUAGACUGGUUAAGUACGGACACUGGUAGCGGCAGCGCGCUGCCGCUUUUCUUGCUGGACCUGCAGUGCAAACUCUUGGUCUCCUGGGAUGAUUUGGUUGCCCACUCUGGCAGGCUGGGCUUUGUCAGCACCAGGACUAUGGAAAGUCAUCAAUUCGAGGUGUUGGGGCGGGAGUACGAACUGGAGAUGAGGUCAACGCUGCCUGAGCUGCUGUGUCUUCUCUCUAGCCCAACCGCCUCUCUCGCACACUUCACUGAACUGCUCAGGAGGCUUGCCAGAGACGUUAAAACUCUGCGUACCGUCUUGAUUUACACAAGAGACAGAUCUUGUCAGCUCUUCGACGUUCUUGGCUUCAACUUGGUCCAAAAGAGCAAGUCGCUGCAAGUCGGCUCUCAGGCUGCUUGUGACUGUGGUAAAGUCAUGGCGGCUUACGAAGCCAUCGGUCGCUGUUCCCUCAACCGCAGCGAUGCGACAAACACUGCCAACCCCGAGGCCUUGUUGAAUGAACACCUACAGCGCCGUCUAUACCUCGCCGACCUCGCGGUGUCCAUGGAUGUCAAAGACUGCAUUUCUUCUGCAGUCAGGGACCACGAGGCACACGCCAGAAUAAUUUCGGACGUUUACAAUAAAUUCCUCGUCAUACACGCUGGUCUGAAGAAACGCGUGCUGGAUGAAAUUUCUCAUUCAGAGAACAUUUACCGCGAUAUGACCAAGCAAUGGCUGCAGCUGAGCAAUGAUGCCUUCAGCGAUCAGUCCCCGUGGGGAGGUACGACGCCAUCUUGGUGGGAGCUACUCGACUACGAGAAUGACAACAGGACAAGAGGAUUGCUGGGACGAACUUUACUGAAAGUUCACCCCAAAUUCAUGAUGGAAGAAAGAAGGGGGAACGAGGACGUGCUGAAGUUAUCCUCUGAAACCGACUACGUCCCUGAACAACAUCAGCCUCUUUACACCGUGCUCAAAGACUCUGACUCCGAUCUGUUGCAUGGCGACAGAAUGAACUUAUUCUCGUGUGAUCACCACAAUGGCUUGAAUAUUAAAUUGACCUGCAAAGGCUGGAUAAUCAAGCCGGGCAUAGAUUGGCGGGGCACUAUAUUCAUUGCUGAUGGCAUCUACUUCCAGGGCGUUAAGACAGUUUGCAGCUACGGGAAGAAACUAGAUGUCAAAGUGGAAUCUUCUUUGUUUAUUCCUUCUGAGGAUAUUUCAGAUGUGCGGCGAAUGCGCUAUCAUCUCAAGGAAGUGGCAUUCGAGCUUCAACUCUCAGACCGUAAGUCUUGGCUCUUCGUCUGCAAUACUGAACGUGACCGCGAAAAAAUACUGGAAGAACUUCACCAAAUCAAUAAGAUUGAGUUCCCGCUGCACUUGAAAGAUCCGUUGGGGGAUGCCACGAAAGCUUGGCAAAGCCGAAAAAUGAGCAACUUCGACUAUUUGAUGACGCUCAACUCCCUAGCUGGGCGCACGUACAACGACUUGAACCAGUACCCGAUCUUUCCUUACGUCCUGGCCGACUAUACCUCAGACACGCUGGACCUAUCGAACGUUAGUUCAUACCGAGAUCUAUCCAAGCCAAUGCCUGUGCAGACUCCAGAAAGAGAAGAAUUGUUCCGCCAGAGAUACGAAAACAGCGCAGAGAUCUCUGUCGAUGGCUUCCAGCAUCACUACAGCAGCCUGUACAGCAACUGCGUAGUCGUGCCCAAUUACUUAGUAAGGUUACCGCCCUUCACGCUCUUCUUCCUACACUUCCAAGGCGGCAAGUUCGAUGAACCCGCCAGAACUUUCCAGGAUCUGGAGCAAACGUACAAUAAAAUUACAAGAGAUACCUUAGUGGACUUCAAAGAGGCUAUUCCAGAGAUGUACUACCUGCCGGAGAUGUUCUAUAACGGCGAGCGGUUGGACCUGAAAGCCCGCAGUGACGGCAGCGUUGUAGACCACGUCCUCCUGCCGAAGUGGUGUCGCGGUGACCGUAGAACGUUUGUACUGUGCCACAGAGCUGCUCUAGAGUCGCCGCAUGUUACAGCCAACUUACCGUCGUGGAUAGACUUGGUCUUCGGAUUCAAGCAAACCGGCCUGAGGGCCAAAGAAGCCAUAAACUUGUAUCACCCACAGGGCUACCCGGAGAACCAAGGAAGUGUCAGCAACGAGCGAGCCUGGCAAGAAGCCAUCUCAAUGUACGGCGAGGUGCCACGUCAGCUCUUCCCUACGGCGCCACACCCCAAGAUUUUGCCUGACCCGCAUGCCAAGCAACUCUACAUGCAGUUGUCGCACAACACGAGGCUCAUCGAGUGCCCUGUGAAGGGUCUCAAGCUGGAGAGCUUUGCGUUCUUCAACGACAUUGAUCACCUCUACCUGGCGAGCCCUGACCAUGACAGCGAGACUCUGGACGAGCACACGGCGCCCUUGAACACUGGCGACUUCAGCGACGUCUUCUACGCAGCUCCCAAGGGCGCCCUUGUUAUGAUUGAUCCGAGUGGAGGAACGCAUGUGCUGCAGGCCAGCGCAUCUGACGGCGUAGCCAGAGUCUGGUCACCAGGUCACGCCUGCGCCUACCCUGUCUUCUCCCUGCCACCCUACGCCAAGAUGACUUGCUGUGCUUACGAGGACGGCCAAGUCUGGGUGGGCACAAGCUGCGGUCUCCUUCUGCUCUUCAACCUGAGCUUCAGUGCUCCUGAGAGACGUCCGCUAACAACGCCAAAGAGCUCCAAGAAACCUCUGCGGAGAGUUGACGUUGCAGACGAGCUGGUGUACAGCGUGCUGUGCAGUUCUAGUUACGAGCUCCUCGGCGGCCAGUCUAGCGUCCUCACCCUGACGCUGUGUCCUCGCUACAACGUCGCCGUCACUGGCGACUCUUCCGGCAACUGCUUUGUCUGGGACGUGCGCCAGCCGCGACUGCUUCGUACGGUUGCUGCCUUCAAUACGGCGGUCGCAUGUUCGGCCGUGAGCAAAACUACAGGCGAUUGGGUGGUGGCCAGCCGUGCAGUCAGAAACGAAGGCUCUCCUGCACAUUCAGAUGUGAGCUGCAAGCUGCGCUUGUUCAGCAUGAACGGCGGUGCGGCGGCAGACGUUGUUUGCCCCGCGCCGGUGAUGAAGUUGGCUUAUUCCUGCCUCGUGGAGGGCCGCUCUGUCAACGUCAUCGCCGCCGUCACCACGGACCCAACCUGCAAUGUCAUCUUGUACAGUUCCUGGGACCUGACAAGUCUCGUCACCGUCACUGCUAGAACGAACAGUCUGGUUAGAAGCCUGGUAUGGUCGACUGACUGCUCCCAGCUACUGGUUCACUACAGCUGUGGUGGCUACCAAGUGUUUCAGUCAAAGUUGUCUGAACUCAGGAAACACAAACUAGCGUCCGUCAAGAUCAUUGAGGUCACGCCAGACUGCGCUCGUGCGUUUACGAACUACGUCAUUGAUGAGUGAAAUAACCUGUUGCCUUCAAUUCUGUGAAAAUUUGAAGUUCACACGUGCCUUAGUAUGCCUUCAACUUUUGGACUGGAUGGGAAUUUUGUCGGUUCAUCAGCGUUUUGGUAGAAGAGGCGUAACUAACGAAUCUCAAUGAAUUUAAGAAAAUGCUCUAUCUAUUUUGUUUGAAAAGACUAGUCUUAGCUUUUAAGAUAUAUUUUUUAGAAUUCUAUUAAUAAACUUUAUCAUUCCUUCGCAUCUAAUGCCAAAUAUUAUUACGCGUUCCAUGUCACAAGUGUUGGCACUCAAUACUGGUAUUGAUAGUUCUGAAAGUAAUGGAUCUGGUUGAUUGUUCUGAGAGUAUUUUGUGCGAUGAUGUUGUUGUUGCGUUUAUAUGGUUUAAAAUUUGUAAUAAAAAUUUUCAUAGAAA